UUAUCAAUUCCUGUGAAUCAAUGAACCAAGAACAAGACCAAACUUUUUUCACUUUUUUUUCGUAAGCCAAGCCAAGUCAAAGUGUUAUUUACUGGGAAAAAUCUCGGGAGGAAAAAAUUCAGCCUGCACCUAUUUUCCUUCACACAAACAAGUUACUUAAAAUGGAAGAAGACUAUGCUUCCUCUUCCCAGUCGGCGGCCAAAAAAGUUGGCAAAAUUCACAAUACAUUGCCUUUGUGGGGAAAUGAGGCCACCAUGAAUUUGAAUCCCCUUAUAUUGGCGAAUAUACAGAGCUCCAGUUACUUUAAAGUGCACCUAUUCAAAUUAAAGACAUACCACGAAGUGGUUGAUGAGAUUUACUAUCAGGUCAAACAUAUGGAGCCAUGGGAGCGAGGCUCACGCAAGACUAGCGGCCAAACGGGCAUGUGUGGCGGAGUUCGAGGAGUGGGUGCGGGAGGCAUUGUGUCCACAGCUUAUUGUUUGCUUUACAAAUUGUAUACUUUACGUUUGACUCGUAAGCAAGUUAAUGGUUUGAUCAAUCAUACUGAUUCCCCCUAUAUCAGGGCUUUAGGUUUUAUGUAUCUCCGUUACACCCAACCGCCAGGAGAUUUGUAUGAUUGGUACGAGGACUAUUUGCAAGAUGAAGAAGAAAUAGAUGUCAAAGCUGGCGGCGGCCAGACUAUAACUGUUGGCCAAAUGGUGUACCAAUUUUUAACAAAAUUGGAUUGGUUUUCCACAUUAUUUCCGCGCAUACCAGUGCCAAUGCAGAAACAAAUAGAAAAGAAAUUGGAACAGUAUUGUCGAGAGAACAAUGUCACACUUUAUCAACUUAGUUCCGGUGGAGCUAAUGCGACACUUGCCCCUAUCAAUGUGCGAACGACUCAAGUCGCCGAAUAUGAGGAGGCGGGUAACUGGGAGGGUCGAGAACAACGUGGUGCACGCGGUGCUUAUGCCAGCAGAGAUGCGCCACCGCCUAGCUUUCAUAGGGGAGAACAUGACGAUCGCUUAGAGUAUUCUAGGGAUCAGGAUCGCUACCGAGAACACAAAUCCUCCAAACGUUAUGAGCGCAACUCGUCACCGGAGAGCGUGUACCGUGGUACUAGUAGAGAACGAGAACGUUAUAGGGAGAAGCAUAAGAAGAAAAGCAAGCACAAACACCGCUCUAGAAGUCGUAGCCGUUCACCUCGUAGCGAAUCAUACCAUAAGUCUCACUCAGAGCGUAAAAGGUCUGAACGUGAUCAUCAUUCGCAUCGGGAGCAUCGCGCCAAAGCUUAUGACGAUGAUUACGCUGAAGAAAGAAGGCGUUAUAGAUGAACCUGCGUUGUUAAUAGUUAGCCUGUGGACUCAUUACUUUUUAAGCAGACCUACGAAUGUAAGGCAAUGAAAAACAAAUUAUUUUUUGUUUACUCUUAUUUUCAUUUCUUCGUAAAGACAAACAACUAUUCAUCAACAAACACACACAUUCUUAACUUUACUCCAAACUACCUCAAUUCCAUUCAAAUGUCCCUUCUGACUUGAAGGCAGAAGAAUGCACAUACGUACAGUCGUGUGGAAUAUGGUAGCCUUAGCCGUUUUAAGUAUAACUACUUGCUAUUAUUAUUAAAUGCCAGCACAAGACAUUAUUUUAUAAUGUUAACAGAAUUCUAAGCUAUUUCAUUGUUAAACUCAGGAGAAUUAAUUAAAUAUUAAAUAAUAUGUAACUAUUGUUUUAUGUUGACAAAACACCACACAC